CUUUCCUCCUAGGUUGCAGAAUGACUUCCCCCACUUUGAGAAAAGCCUCCUGGGCUCUUGGCAGAAGGCCUGUGACUGUGGCAGCACCAGCUCAGGCCUCUGUGACUUUUGAGGACGUGGCUGUGUACUUCACCAAAGAGGAGUGGGCCUUGUUGGAUCUCUAUCAACGGUACAUAUACCGUAAAGUCAUGCAGGAGAAUUACGACAAUGUGAUCUCACUGGGGGUUGAACAGCUGAGGGAGGAGGAACAGGGUCUUUGGAGAGAAAGUUCUCCGCUGGUAAAACAAAGGAAGAUCUUGCAGCAGAGUAAGAAUAGGCUUUCCCUUUGUAUAAAGAGAGGAGAAGACUCUGGAAAUCAGGAUGGAACCAAGAAGACAUGGGGUGAACACGAUCAGAAGAAAGCCAGUUCUUGUGAGGAUAACAACCAGACCAUCCUUAGGAUGAUAGUCCAGGAGACGCGUUGCAGAGGUGAAACACUCAGUGUAUGUAAAGCAGGAAGCUUUGCUUCUCAUCCAGCGGCACAACCAUUUCAGUGCUUCAUCUGUGGGAGGAAGUGUCCCCACUAUACAGCCCUUAUGGCACACCUGAGCUUACACACUCGGGAGAAGCUUUACACGUGUCUCGAUUGUGGGAAGACGUUCAGUGGGACAGCAAAUCUUAAUAGGCAUGAGAAAGUUCAUUCAGGAGAGAAGCCGUACCUUUGCUCCGGCUGUGGGAAAAAGUUUCUCGACAAAAAACAUCUUCUUUGUCAUUCAAGAACUCAUUCCGGUGAGAAACAUUACCCGUGCUCACAUUGCGGGAAAAAGUUUAUUUCCAAGGCUCAUGUGGUUCGGCAUGAAAAGAUCCACUUAGGACUGAAGCUGUUUACUUGCUGGUACUGUGGGAAAAGUUUCAGAGAGAGAGAACACCUUCAUGUUCACGAGAGAAUCCACACGGGAGAAAAGCCGUAUAAAUGCUCAGCUUGCGGAAGAAGCUUCAAUUGCCUGUCAAACUUUAACCGGCACAAGAAAAUUCAUGGAGGAGAAAAACCGCAUAAGUGUCCAGAUUGUGAGAAAAGCUUCAGAAAUAUCUCAGACCUUAAACUUCACGAGAGAGUCCAUACUGGUGAGAAACCUUAUCAGUGCUCGGACUGUGGGAAAAGCUUCAGUACGGGUCCCAACUUUAUCAGUCAUCUGAGAACCCACAAUAAAGAAAAGCCGUAUAAAUGUCUGGAGUGUGGCAGAUGUUUAAAGCACAAAUUCUCCUUGAUUAAACACCAGCGAGUACAUAAGUAUAAAUGCCUCGACUGUGGGAAAAGUUUCAGCCAAAGCUCGCUCCUUGAACGACACAGAAGGAAACAUACCGGCGAGAAACCGUUUCAGUGCGCGCACUGUGGGAAAUGCUUUGAUCGCAGAUCCUCCCUGGUUGUGCAUGAAAGGAUUCACACAGGAGAGAAGCCGUAUGGCUGUUCGGGAUGCGAGAAAAGCUUUGUUACAAGAUACAAACUAAAUCAGCAUGAGCAGAUCCACAGAGGAGAGAAACCAGACACCUGUUUUGUGAACCGGGACGCUAUGUAUUGAAGACUUAUGUGAGAAUGAUACAAUGCACCCUUCUUUCCGAUCCUCACUGUAUAGAGCGCCAUGUUCCAUGCGCUGGCCGUCGUGAGGUCCAGCAGAGAAUGCUGCUUCAUUAGGCACUUCUAGCACCAUUGGAAUUGCCUGGCAGUCUCAGUUUUGAUCGCGGGAUCCCUCACGCCGGCCUUGUCUUUUGCUCAGCUUUGUUCUGCAGUUUUCCAGGCUGUAACGCCCAAGCCAGCUCAUAAUGAUAGUUGAGAACAAAGGUCAAGGCAGCAGAAUAAUUCACUUC